ACGCCCCGCCCAGUUUAGUAGAACAAGCAAGAAACAGAGGCAGGCAAGCUAGAGACGAGAGGUUGCAAGUUAUUGCCGUGUUCCAUCGCAUCUGCACAACGUCGACGACCGACCAGACGGACAGGAGGUUAUACAAGAUGGUGCAGCAAGCGGCGAAAGAGGUGAUCCCGCUGCUGACGCCGUACAAGAUGGGGCAGUUCGAGCUCUCCCACCGGGUGGUGCUGGCGCCGCUGACGCGGUGCCGCUCCUACGGGAACGUGCCGCAGCCGCACGCAGCGGUGUACUACUCGCAGCGCGCCACCAAGGGCGGCCUCCUCAUCGCGGAGGCCACAGGGGUGUCCACCACCGCGCAGGGCUACCCGGAGACCCCCGGCAUCUGGACGCAGGAGCAGGUCGAGGCAUGGAAGCCCAUCGUCGACGCCGUCCACCGAAAGGGCGCGGUCUUCUUCUGCCAGAUUUGGCACGUCGGCAGGGUCUCCACCAACGAUUUCCAGCCUGACGGGCAAGCGCCCAUCUCGAGCACGGACCAGCAGAUCACGCCGGACGCUGAGUCCGGCAUGGUGUACUCCAAGCCGCGCCGACUGGCGACAGAGGAGAUCCCGGGGAUCGUCGACGACUUCCGGCGCGCGGCGCGGAACGCCAUCGAGGCCGGGUUCGACGGCGUGGAGAUCCACGGCGCGCACGGGUACCUCCUGGAGCAGUUCAUGAAGGACAGCACCAACGAUCGCACCGAUGAGUACGGCGGCAGCCUGGAGAACCGGUGCCGCUUCGCAGUGGAGGUCAUCGAUGCCGUGGUCCGCGAGGUGGGCGCGCACCGUGUUGGCAUUAGGCUGUCUCCGUUCGUCGACUACAUGGACUGUGUCGACUCCGAUCCGGCGGCACUCGGCAAUUACAUGGUGCGGCAGCUCAACAUGCACGAGGGAUUUCUCUACUGUCACAUGGUGGAGCCUCGGAUGGCCAUUGUUGACGGCCGUAGGCAGAUCCCCCAUAGGCUCCUCCCAUUCCGGAAGGCCUUCAACGGCACGUUCAUCGCCGCCGGUGGGUACGACAGGGAGGAAGGCAACAAGGUGGUGGCCGAGGGCUACGCCGACCUCGUCGCCUACGGCAGGCUCUUCUUGGCUAACCCGGACCUGCCGAGGAGGUUCGAGUUGGGCGCACCCAUCAACAAGUAUGACCGCUCCACUUUCUACACACAGGACCCUGUCGUUGGCUACACGGACUACCCAUUCCUUGACGACCACAACAACGACUCAGCUGCUCAAGCACAAUCACACAGUUUAUCGAUUCAAUCAUGAUUAUUAAAUGUGCGUGAUUCAUGCAACGCACAUGGUUAAUUUCCCCGUUCCCUAUUCAUCACUGGUUUGUAUGAAGAGUUAGUAGCUAUUGUGAGUAUGCUUGUAGUGAAUAAAACAUCAAUUCUGUCGAGUCUAUAUUUUUUUAAUUUA